GUUGAGGGUUAAGCAAGUUAUAAUUAAGCUUUGUACGGUAAAAAAUUACUUACAAUAUAAAUAUUUAAAGUAGCAUCCGCAUGUUUAGUUUUUAAUAUACAGAACGUUGAUUAAUUUUUUAUUAAAAUUAAUAAUUAAAUAAAUAGUUAGCACAAUAAAAAAAAAAAUAAUAAUCAAAUUCAAUUACAAGGAAAUUGAAAACAAUUUAUUGUGCUACGCACACUAUUUAUGUAUUAAUUCUACAUAAAAAAAUGAUGUGUUGCAGUAUCAAUAUGAUAUAACUAAAUAGUUACUAUUCUAAAAUACAAAGCAAAUAAUAUAAUAAAAAAUCAUACGACAUUUUUCAAAAUGGCUGUACCAGCGCUGAUGAAACAAUUGUUUGCUACUAUUGCAGUGUAAACAACGUAUGCAGAGAUGCAUAAUUUGCCCAAAAUCAGUGCAGCAAUAUUGAGUAUUGUACUGCAUUUCUAAAUGCAUAGAGAAAAUAAGAUAUUGACUCUGACGCUUCGGUUCUCAAUCAUGAUAACUAUUUAAUUUAUCUAACGGAAGAUAUUAUGAAGCUCACUCGAAUCGUAACUAUAUCUUAAGCUUCCAUUUCCAUAUUUAUUGCAGGUAACUUUAUGGGAUGGCCUUCUGCAUCUGCCGAUAAGUUACUUCAUCAUCAGACUGACUUUAACGUAACAAUACCACAAUUUUCUUGGAUCGUGUCUGUAAUGGAUUUGGGAAACAUAAUCAGUCCCAUACCUGCCGGCUACAUGAUGGACUGGUUCGGACGCAAGUGGAUCAUAACGUUUCUAGGACCAUUAUACAUCAUUGCGUGGAUACUCCCGAUAUGUAUAGGUAACAUAUGGUCGCUAUGCAUAUCCAGAUUCAUGGGCGGCCUGGGAAAAGGAAUCGCCUUUACUGUGGUGCCAGUUUUUCUUGGAGAAAUAGCUGGAGUCAAAGUACGCGGAGCAUUAAGUACCGUAAUUGCUAUUCAGUUAGCCGGAGGUCUUUUGUUCGAAGUCAUUAUAGGUCCCCACGUGACGUACCGAACUAUGAAUAUUACUUCAGCCCUAGUCCCUGUGAUAUUUUUGAUAAUGGUCAUUUGGGUACCCGAAUCCCCUUAUUAUUUAUUGAAGAAAGGCCGCCGAGACGAAGCUGCUAAAUGUCUUCGUUGGUACAGAGCUGGAAACGAUACAGAAUUACAAAACAUGGAGCAAAACGUCCAAGACGAAAUGAAAAACAAAGGAACGUUUAAAGAACUCUUCUGUAAUCCGAAAAAUUGUAAAGCAGUACUCAUCAUAGCUACAGCUUGUUUUGCUCAAAGAGCGGGUGGAAUCAGUAGCUUCAUUGCGUACUCAACAUUAUCUCUUCCUGAACCGGUACCAUUUGGUCACAAAUCUGAUUACAUAAUAUUAUUCGCUGUACUGAAAACCGGAAUUAACUUUAUCGGUUUGCCUUUAGUCGACAAAAUCGGACGACUGCCUUUGCUGAUAUUUUCUGAAGUGUCAUUAGGCUUAGUCACUUUCAUUAACGGUCUAUUUUUUUUCAUGCAAAAAUAUACCGACAUGACUCAGUACAACUGGAUCUCUUACGUUUGUUUGGAAUUGUUUCCAACCAUGUAUUCUUUGGGUGUAGGGUUUAUACCAGUGGUAUUUUUAGGCGAAAUGCUUCCGGUGAACGUGCGAUCUCAAGGCUCAGCAAUCAUGUCCAUAAUAUUAGCGUUUAGUACAUUUAUCUCCAAUAAAAUGUUUUUGUUCAUCUCGUACUCUUACGGUUUUUAUGUUAUGCUGUGGAUUUUUUCAACCAUUAACUUGGUUUGCGCAUUUUUGGCUUAUGAAAUGGCAAUUGAAACUAACGGGAAAACAUUUUCGGAAAUUCAAGAUAUGUUGGAAAACAGUUUAAAUAAUGACUUGGUGGUAAAACAAAAAAGCAUCAAUAAAUAAAUCCGAAUUUGUAAUUGUUGUACAUUUACAUAAUUCUUGAUUGUUCUAUAAAACUGUGAUUCAUACAACUAUUUAUGUAUAAACUACUUAUAAGUAAGAUAAAAAAGUAAUUUAAUAUAUAUAUAUAUAAACGCUUUAUUAUACAAGUCCCGUAUAAGAAUAUUUGUUUUUAAUAUUAAAUAAAAUAACGGAAAUUCGGGAGAAGAGUCUAUUGAUAGGGGGGGGGGGCAAAUGGACAGGAGAAACCGGUGAUAGAUGUAGAACCAGCUACGGCCAAUGACAAACAAAAAGGCGGCAGCAAGAAAAGAAUAGUGGGGUGACAACACGCAACAGCUUAUAUUAACUACAGGCAGCAGCGGAACGAACAACUGGUACCAAGCACUCAUCACAGCCCUGGAGAUGGAAAAUUAAAGGCUUUCGAAAUCAUAUUUAAUAGUGGAUAAAAGCUCCCUAAUACACCUUGUUACACGACAUGCAUUAUAAAUGUAUGACCAAAAAAGGGUUUUCGAAAUAAUUAACACCAACUUUUUGGGGAAAGUUACAAAGUACUACCUGCUCAGUGGUUCCAAAGUACGAGAACUCGUUGUAACUUCAAUGCCAACGUUACAAAUGUUGUUUAACAAAUUAUGUCAAAAAUAGUUGUUUAAAUCUUUUAUGACCAUAUAUCAAUUUUUAAUUUUCAAUACUGUAUAUUUAGUACAGUCAUCCAACCUAUUUUCUUUCAUAGAGCACCAGUCGAAAAUUACUUAACCUUAGCAAUAGGGGGAAAAAUAGUUCAUUUUCAACAAGAGUAUCCUUAAUUUAUAUUAUAAUAAUAAUUAUUAUAAAACACUUUGAAGUAAAAGUUACAGGAUAAACCACUAUUAUUUAAUUGUCUUACUCGUAUUACCCAAAUUAUUAAUAGUUUUUU